AUGGCGGGAGUGACAUACAAAGAAGAGAUUAUUUCUAAGCCCACUUAUGACUUAGAUGUCCUAGACUACUUCAAAUCUUCAUCCAGCCAUCUCAAUUCUGAAGGAGAGUCUUGAAGUCAAGUUUUCUACUUACUCCUUUGAUUAUUAACAAGCAAAAAAUUUUCUUAAUAAAUUUUAAUUAUUAUACUCAACCUAUUUAUAUUAAAAUUUAGACAGAUUGCAUCCUAAAAUCAUAAAACACACUCUUUUAUAAAAUAAUAAAUUCCUCUCCAUUAGAGAGCAAAACAAAUUUUCUCGCUAAGCCAAAAUGAGUUAGAAGCCUCACUUUUACUUAUAAAAGUCUCAGGAUCUGAAGUUGAGCUUGAACAAAUCUUUUGAGCUGUUAACGAAGACCUAGAAUCUGUUUUCCAGCCUGACGAAAUCAAGAACCUUGAAGAAAGCAUGAUGCUAAAAAUUAUCCUGCCAUCCGCUUUACUCCGAAACAUUGGCAUUCACGUCAAUUCAGACUUUUUUGCUCUUUACAUGGCUACCGUUGAAGGAAAAGUUUACAAAUUUUGCUUUAAGCAGAAUUGGCCUUUUUUAAAAUCAAGGAGGAAUUUUCUAGGCAUGGCUGGGUACUCUCUUGACAACAUAGAGCCAGUCAGCUUCUGCUUAAUUGCCUCAGGUGAAGAAGACGAUGUUUGCUUUGGGCUUGCCAAUGGCUCUUUAUGCUUUGCAUUAUUGCCUCCACCUGUAGCAGACCAUUAUACCAAGCCCAUCCAAAUAACUGAAAUUGGACCUCCUUCAAAUUUGCUGAAAGCAUUUUCCAAUAUGCUAAGGCAGCAAAAGAAAUUAGAAUUAAUAUGAAGGGUCGAAAAAAUCCAAAAAAACCAAUUGAUAUGCUUAAGCAGCAUGGGAUUUUUACGUCUUUAUGAUACACAAAGGCCAGCUUUAUUGAGUGAAAUUGAUUUGGGAAGCAGCGAGCUGAGAGUGGGUGAGUACAAAUUCUGCAGGCUGCCAGUGCCAAGCAACCCAUGUAUAGCAGUUGGGUAUAAAGUGAAUAACUAUUGGCAUGCUGCGCUAUUUAGAGUAGAAAACUCUGAAAUUAAAUAUGUGACUGAUUUCAAUGGAAAAGAAAACGAAGAACUUAUAGACCUUUCUAUAAGUGAAGUAGGACUUUGAUCUGUAUGGAGUGGGGAAAAUUCUCCCAGGGUAGAGGUCUGAAGCUUUUCUAAUAAAUAUGAACAAGUUUACAUAUGGGACACAGACUUUUUGUAUGAGCACCUAAGGGAUCAAGACACUAUUGAAAAUUCAUUGGACCAUUAUAAAGCAGCGCUUGAAAGAAUUUGCAUACCUGGGAGGUUCACUAAAAAUAUAUUAGAAAAAGUGCUAUCAAAAUAUGUACACCCGAACUAUAAGUUCAGUUCUCCAGCUAUUUCAGAUGAAAUACAGCAUGAAGUCCAUGACCCAAAUACUUUGCUUAAAAUCCUUGAUGAAGCCAAAUUAAUACAAAUUUCUGAUUAUUCUAUUACUAGUUUCUGUGCCUAUUCUGAAGAAAUAGGUGACUUUCUCCCUAUUAUUAUUAGAGGAAAUAGCACUAUUGGGAUAUUAAGAAAAACUAAGCGCCAUAUUGAAGCGAAAAGUUUAAAAAUCGAACAAAUUGCUUGUAAAUUCUCAAAAAUAAACCAGAGAUUUGACCAAAAAGAAAUUAGCGAAUUUAAAUUUUAUUGUGAUGGAGAAGGGCUAGAAAACGCUAUGUGUAUAGCAAGAAUAUGAAGAAAAGGAUUUCAGUCAAUUUUCGAUGAAGGCGCUUACAAGUCUUUUCCUGACGCUAUCAAAAAAAUCGUAAGUCAGCCUAUUCCUUAUCAUAUGCUUCAGCUACUUACCCGGUCCUUAUCAAAAGUAACACCUAUGGUUUUUUCAUCAGAAGUCAUAAAAUUACAAAAAUUAUUUACACCUUUAGCAAUGAUGGAAUUUCCUGACAGUGUUAAUUAUUGGCCACCAUUUAUGUCGAUUUUUGCAGGAAAAGCUUGCAAUUCUUUAGUAAGGUCUUACAAUGAGUAUAUUUUAGAUCUCAUUGCAAUAGGAGCAUUAGCUACUACAACAAUAAGAGAAGUUUUAAAUGAAAUGAUCCAUGAGAGGCUUCUUUUUGAUUUAGCUCAGAUAUCGCAUGCUGUCUUUUUGCUGUCAAAAACAUUGAAUACUCCAGUCAAAGAAAUUUAUACAGUAAGAACUUAUUUUCCUGCUUUACUGUUUAAAUAUGAAUUUCCUUUGAGUAUCAGCAGUCUUUAUAUAUUGGAAAAUUCUCCACAUAUUUUGGGAGGACGUGAAGGUUUUAGUGUGGUACAAUUAAGCAUUUGGGUACGAAAAAUAGUCAGCAGAUCUCGUAGGAGACUUUUAUUUUCAUUACCAUUACAGACAAACAGCUCAUGUCCUAAUAUAGCAAAAACACUUGUAAAUGCCAACCAAACUGAGACUGCUAUAUCAAUGCUGAAUUUAUUGCAAGUCAAAAAUGCAGCGACUGAGUACUUAAAAGGUCUGUCAUAUAUGUACACAAAUCCUAAAAAAUCACAAGAAAUUUUGCUAGGGAUUGAUGCUAUUUUAGAAUAUGAUAUGGACGAUAAAAGUAAAGAAGAUUUCGACAAAGGGCCAUGGAUGAGACAUAUAGGGAAUUCUGCUUUGGCUCAUGUUGGAGGAUUUCAGCUAAGAUUCCACGAUAGCUUGUAUAGAGCAGUUGACAACCCAGACAUAAAAAAAGAAAUUGCCCUAUCAACCCUUUCCACCUGUACAAUUAAAUGGGAAAAUUCUGACGUAAUUAAGCAUUGCUUAUCACAGCUUAUUCCUCAAAAAUCAUAUCAUGCUGCCUUUUCAUUGCUAUUGACUAUAGAGGAUGAAAUUAUUUUGGCUGACUGUUUAGAAGCUUUGCUUAAUAAUGCUUGUGAAUCCAAUGAAUUUUAUCAAAUUUUAUCAAUUCCUAUGAGUCCAACAAUAAAAGAAAUUUGUAUAAAAAUCCUCAAGACUUUUGCAUAUGACGAACAUUUUGACUUGAAAUUUGAAAAAUACCCUGCAGGCUUGUUCCCUGAGAUAGAGCCACAGAAGUUAAAUAAGAUGAGAUGGUACACAGCAUUUUAUACUUUUUGUAUGUUCCAUCUUCAUUAUAGCCCUGCUGCAGAGCUUUGCUAUUUAAGAUAUAGUGAAAUUAAAUAUUACAGCAAAACUAAAGAAUUUGAUGGGGGUGAAGAAGAAUUUUUAAAAAAAUUGCAAAAAGAAGCCCUUUUAUUAUGCAGCUUGGCUGUUCGAAGUAUUUCGUCUAAUGCGAAAGAAUGCUGGUUUUUAGUAACAAAAGCAAACCAAUCUAGUGACAAAAAAAGAAAAAUCAAUGGAGCUUUGCAAAAGGAAAAUAAAAUCAUAAGAGAAAUUAUUAGGCUUGAAGAUAUUGAAGAAAAUCUAAGACAAUUGCUUUAA